AUGGCAACCACUCCUAAAUCGCAGAUUGGCCACGUCGCUCUGCGGCUGCCAGAGUACGUCGCAAAAAUGGGUGUCGGACCCAUUCUCCAAAAGAAGUGGCUGGCCGACUACGAGCGCGCCAGCAAGACCAUACCGUGGGAUCCCACUUUGAUGCUGGCCAACGUCAGUUACUACCUCCGGGGAGCGGCCACUGUGUGGUUCGACACGCACGAGGAGGAGCUGACCGGUUGGGACGCGUCGCUGACCAAGAGAAAUGCGGACAGCGCUCGAGUGCUACCCACACCAUUCUGUGCCUUGAAAGCGUCGCUGACCAAGCGAAAUGCGAACAGCGCUCGAGUGCUACCCACACCAUUCUGUGCCUUGAAAGCGUCGCGGAUCAAGCGAAAUGCGGACAGCGCUCGAGUGCUACCCACACCAUUCUGUGCCUUGAAAGCGUCGCUGACCAAGCGAAAUGCGGACAGCGCUCGAGUGCUACCCACACCAUUCUGUGCCUUGAAAGCGUCGCGGAUCAAGCGAAAUGCGGACAGCGCUCGAGUGCUACCCACACCAUUCUGUGCCUUGAAAGCGUCGCGGAUCAAGCGAAAUGCGGACAGCGCUCGAGUGCUACCCACACCAUUCUGUGCCUUGAAAGCGUCGCUGACCAAGCGAAAUGCGGACAGCGCUCGAGUGCUACCCACACCAUUCUGUGCCUUGAAAGCGUCGCGGAUCAAGCGAAAUGCGGACAGCGCUCGAGUGCUACCCACACCAUUCUGUGCCUUGCAGGCGUCGCUGACCAAGCGAAAUGCGGACAGCGCUCGAGUGCUACCCACACCAUUCUGUGCCUUGAAAGCGUCGCGGAUCAAGCGAAAUGCGGACAGCGCUCGAGUGCUACCCACACCAUUCUGUGCCUUGAAAGCGUCGCUGACCAAGCGAAAUGCGGACAGCGCUCGAGUGCUACCCACACCAUUCUGUGCCUUGAAAGCGUCGCGGAUCAAGCGAAAUGCGGACAGCGCUCGAGUGCUACCCACACCAUUCUGUGCCUUGAAAGCGUCGCUGACCAAGCGAAAUGCGGACAGCGCUCGAGUGCUACCCACACCAUUCUGUGCCUUGAAAGCGUCGCGGAUCAAGCGAAACGCCGACAGCGCUCGAGUGCUACCCACACCAUUCUGUGCCUUGAAAGCGUCGCGGAUCAAGCGAAAUGCGGACAGCGCUCGAGUGCUACCCACACCAUUCUGUGCCUUGAAAGCGUCGCUGACCAAGCGAAAUGCGGACAGCGCUCGAGUGCUACCCACACCAUUCUGUGCCUUGAAAGCGUCGCUGACCAAGCGAAAUGCGGACAGCGCUCGAGUGCUACGUACAGGGCUUAAAGGCAGGGGGUAG